AAACACUCGGUCUGGGUUUGCAGGGCUCGCAGCUAACUGACUUUAGACAGACGAACGACACGGUCCUAUCAUGUGCCCUCUGUUCAAUGGAUUCGCGCCUGCCACCUAUUUAUGUUACGCAAUUGUUUUGGUUACAGGUCUUUCAGACGGGGCUCAGGACAGUGACAAAGAUUACCAGGAAAUACCGUAUGUGCGACCGGGCCCAUUUAAACCCUGUGACCUAGGCGAACUGGACAAAUUUAUGCCAAAUAACAUUCGUACAUGCGCUCUGACAGCCGUUCAAGGCUCAAUGCCAGUGGGCCUCUUGCAACAAACCAUAUCGAUGGCCUGCAUGCUGUUCAAAAAAUGCAGCGUCUUCAUUAAAAAGGGUACUUUUAUGCCCGAGGAUAAUGAACACCAUUGCAUGCACGGACUCAUAACCCAGGCACGCAAAACAGAUGUGAUCGGCGAAGCUAUCUAUUUGGUGACGAAUAUUAUUGCAACAAACGGAUACACUAGAACAAAGAUAUUAUCCGCGGUCGGAGCUGUCCAUGAUUGCGUGGACAAGGCUGGAUUUUACCUACCCCUCCACAAGCAUCAACUUAUCAAAUUGGUGUCAUUUUACUUACAAAUGCUUGAGUGAGCUAGAGUAACUACGAAGAUUUGAAUGUUAAG